AUGGCGGCGGCGGGGGAAGCGAGCCGAGGGAAAGGACGGCGGCGGGGGAAGCGAGCCGGGGGAGAGGACGGCGGUGGGGGAAGCGAGCCGGCGGAGAUGGAUCUGGACGGACGAGGCGGCGGCGGAGAGGACGGCGGGUCAAGCACGAUAGAUCUGGACGGACGAGGCGGCGGCGGAGAGGACGGCGGCGGGGGAAGCGAGCCGGGGGAGAGGACGGCGGCGGGGGAAGCGAGCCGGGCUAGAGGAAGGCGGCGGGGGAAGCGAGCCGGCGGAGAGGACGGCGGCGGAGAGGACGGCGGCGGGGGAAGCGAGAGGCGCCCGGGGGAGAGCGAGCGGGGGGAAGCGACGCUAGGGAGGGAUAAGCCCGGGCCCCGCCGCGAAUUUGCGAUCCGCUCUGGCCUGCACUCCUGCGCGUAA